CCUGGAGACGCACUCCUUCCGCCCCCGGCCGCGGGAUGCCCUAGAUGUCCUUAUUAGGGAAUGAGACUCCAGAGGGCGUGCCCAGCCCGAGCGCCAGCUUCAGGCUCCUUAUAAGGCUGCCUGAGGAAGGAGGAGGGCGCGGAAAGCUAGCCUGAGAAGAGGGUCGGCCAGUGAGGUGGCCGACGACUUCCGGCAUGACAGCUGGAGAUCUUGAACUGUUGCAAUCCCUGAACACAGAGACCCCUGUGUUUUAUUGACCCUUGUGUCCCUCAACCUGAGAUAUCCGUCCCCGCCACCACCACCCCCCGCAAAGUGCCCACCUUCAACCUCCGAGAGCCUCCUCCACUUUCAGUGAACCACAAGAGCUUCAAGACCCAACCAUGUGCCCACAUUCGACCUCUCCACCUGCCAGGAUGCACCUCAUACCACACACACCUCCCGUUCCCUUAGCCUGAGCCUCUGUGUUCGUCCCCGACAUUGCACCCUCACAUUUCGAGAUCGCUCUGCUACUCCUGCCUUACCUUUAUUUCAUCCCUUGUACCCCUUCAUAGAUGUCCCAACCACAGAGACUCUUGCACUUGUGUCCCGCCCUCUCCCCCACUUUUCUCAAGCCCCCUUUUUCCAGCCUCUUCUACAAUCCCCUGGAAAUAGCCUUAUGAGACCUUGGAGCAAGCCAAGUUCAGGCUACGCGUCUCCCCAGCCAGCCCUCCCGGUCACAGGGGGCGCUGUCCGUCUUUUUCAUUGUCAGCACAAAAUGAUCCUGCUCUCGAAUUUUGGGGCUCCAAAAGAGCCAAUCUAGAUCUUAUGGCAGCACCGGUCCGCCUGGGCCGGAAGCGCCCACUGCCGGUUUGCCCCAACCCACUCUUCGUUCGUUGGCUGACCGAGUGGCGGGACGAGGCAGCCAGCAGAGGGCGCCACACGCGCUUUGUGUUUCAAAAGGCACUGCGCUCCCUCCGACGGUACCCCUUACCUCUGCGCAGCGGGAAGGAAGCCAAGAUCCUUCAGCACUUCGGAGACAGGCUCUGCCGGAUGCUGGACGAGCGGCUAGAGCAGCACCUAGCUUCAGGCGGUGACCAUGCCCCCAGCCUACCAUCUGGAGAGAAGAAUCAAGCCAGUGAACAGCCACCUGCUCAAGUCCAGGACUCCUCAAUGCCAGGCCCUGCUGUCUCUCAGGUUCCCACCCAGCCUCAAGCAGGAAGCACUGGUGGCUAUUGGCCAGCCCAGAACUCAGGUGCCCGUGUGGUCCUGCUGCAGCUCUAUAGGGAACACCUGAAUCCUGAUGGCCACAGCUUCCUUACCAAGGAGGAGCUGCUGCAGAAAUGUGCCCAGAAGGCCCCCAGGGUAGUUCCUGGAAGUUCGAGACCCUGGCCUGCCCUCCGAGGCCUCCUCCACAGGAACCUGGUCCUCAGAACACAUCGGCCAUCCAGGUACGCACUGACACCAGAGGGCCUGGAGCUGGCCCAAAAGCUGGCCCAGGCAGAAGGCCUGAGCCCUCUGAACAUUGGCAUCAGGCCAGAGGAGCCCCGUGGAGAGGAGUCAGCAGCCCCAAAAGCCGCCAUGUUGGAACCUGGCACCAGUGAAGGUGGCAUCCAGCAGCCACCCCUGGAGCUGAGGCCCGGUGAGUACCGAGUGCUGCUGUGUGUGGACACUGGAGAGACCAGAGGGGCAGGACACAGGCCAGAAAUGCUCCGAGAGUUACAGCGGCUGCGUGUGCCCCACACAGUACGGAAGCUGCACGUUGGGGACUUUGUGUGGGUGGCACAGGAGACCAGGCCCGGAGACCCAGCAAGACCUGGGGAGUUAGUCUUGGACCACAUUGUGGAACGCAAGCGGCUGGAUGACCUCUGUAGCAGCAUCAUUGAUGGUCGUUUUCGAGAGCAGAAGUUCCGCCUGAAGCGCUGUGGCCUGGGACACCGGGUAUACUUGGUGGAGGAAUAUGGGUCUGUCCACAACCUCAGCCUUCCUGAGAGUACCUUGCUGCAGGCUGUCACAAACACCCAGGUCAUCGAUGGCUUCUUUGUGAAGCGUACCAUGGAUAUUAAGGAGUCAGCUGGCUACCUGGCCCUUUUGACAAAGGGCCUAGAAAGACUUUAUCAGGGCCACACCCUACGCAGCCGCCCCUGGGAAACCCCAGGGGAUGCUGAAUCGGGAACAAGACCUUCCGCAAAUCCUCUCUGCUCACUCCUCACCUUCAGUGACUUCAAUGCAGAAGCUGUCAAGAACAAGGCCCAGUCUGUGCGAGAAGUAUUUGCCCGGCAGCUGAUGCAGGUGCGUGGACUGAGCGGGGAGAAGGCUGCGGCCCUGGUGGAUCGGUACAGCACACCUGCCAGGUACACCCCAGAGAGCCGCUGGGUUCCUGUCCUUCCUGGGUGGAGGUCAGCUUCACCAGUGCUUCUGGAGAAGCUUGGCUCUGUGUGGGAGCCUUGGAAGGUUCUGUCCCAGCGUUUCCCAGGAAGGGGGAGGGCAGGCAGGAUGAAGGGGGCCUCUAUCACCAGGAUCAGGAAACGUGCAGUGUUCAGAUUCCUCCACUCUAGGCUGAACCCUGCCUGCCUUAGCUCUCAUGAUGCUGGCCCAGAGAGUCAGCCAUUGUAUGCCCUACCCCCAGUCUCCUGGCUGCCUAUGACGCCUGUGCCUCCCCGAAGGAGCAGGAGAUGCUGUUGAGCACUGUCAAGUGUGGGCGUCUGCAGAGAAAUCUGGGGCCCGCUCUGAGCAGAACCCUGUUCCAGCUGUACUGCAGUCCCAGCCCCCUGACCUGAGCCACCCCCGAAGACACACCCCAGCACCCAUGUCUGUCUCUGUGCAGGCUAGUCAGCCUUUUAACUGGGAUCCUUUGGGCUAGAAUAAAAAUCUAAACGUU